CACAUCGGAAGUGCCGCCAUCUUAGAACGAAGGCCUUACAGUUGCAACCAAAAGUCUCAAGAUGAAGGCGGUGUUGUUAACAGGGGUUAGCUUUGUCCUGACGUCAAUUGUCGUUGGAAAUGCAUAUUAUCAAAAGAAGCAGUUCUACCCUUCGGUUGUGUAUAUUACGAAGUCUAACCCGAGUAUGGCUAUGCUGUAUAUACAAGCUUUUGUUGGAGUCAUUUUAAUGGGAAAAUUAAUGAGGAAAAUUUUCUUCGGUCAGCUGCGUGCUGCAGAAAUGGAGCAUUUGAUUGAACGAUCUUGGUACGCAGUGACAGAGACAUGCCUGGCCUUCACAGUAUUUCGAGAUGAUUUCAGUCCAAGAUUUGUGGCCUUGUUUACCCUUUUGUUGUUUCUCAAGUGUUUCCACUGGCUGGCAGAGGACAGAGUUGAUUAUAUGGAGAGGAGUCCAGUGAUUUCUGUGAAAUUUCAUAUUCGUGUGUUGUCUCUGCUUGGCCUGCUGGGAAUGUUGGACCUAUACUUCAUCAAUGAUGCCUACUACAGCACUCUCACAAAAGGGGCCUCGGUACAGCUUGUUUUUGGGUUUGAGUAUGCUGUCCUACUGACAGUGGUAUGGAUGACCUUGAUGAAAUAUAUACUCCACUCCAUUGACCUCCAAAACGAAAAUCCUUGGGAAAACAAAGCUGUGUACCUUCUGUAUACAGAGCUCAUUAUAGGUUUUAUAAAGGUUGUGUUAUACAUAGUGUUUAUGGCCAUCAUGAUAAAGGUGCAUACAUUCCCAUUGUUUGCCAUCCGUCCUAUGUAUUUGUCUUUAAGAGGAUUUAAGAAGGCUCUCCACGAUGUGAUCAUGUCUCGUCGUGCUAUACAGAACAUGAACACACUGUACCCAGACGCUACAGCGGAGGAACUGCAAGCUGGGGACAAUGUUUGUAUCAUCUGUCGUGAGGACAUGCUAGCUACCUGUAAGAAGCUCCCUUGUAACCACAUCUUCCAUACAAGCUGUCUGCGAUCUUGGUUCCAACGCCAACAAACCUGUCCCACAUGCAGAAUGGAUGUGUUAAGGAUGACCCGUGCAGAGGCGGCCGCACCACAACAACCACCUCAGCAACAGCAGCAGCCACAGCCUCAACAGCCCCAAGUACCACAGAUGCCACAAAACUUAUUCCAGGGAUUCCCAGGUAUGCCUCCAAUGUGGCCAAACAUGCCUCAGCAACCACAAGCUGCCCCAGGAACGUCUGGUGCUAGUUCAACUACAACUUCGGCAACAGCCAUGCCAUCAAGUACUGCAGGCACAUCGACAGUUGGGGCAACGUCCACACAGCCCACACCCACGACUACUGGCACCACCACAGUGCCCCCCAUAGUUCCUCCCAUGCUGCCAUUCAUGAUGCCAUAUGGAAGUUAUGCAAUGCCACGGCCCCCGAGAAAUCUGGCUGGUGUGUCUGCGGAGGAGCUGAGGGCAAUGGAGGGCCAGGAACGGGAAAACGUAGAGGCCAGGCUUCAGUGGUUACAGGACAUACAGGCCCUGCUGGAUGGGGCUAUGGUUCUUAUAAACCAGUAUAACACUGUGGCAACACAGACAGGGAUAGCUGGAAUCAGUGCAGCUAGUUUUCCAUUAUCCCAAAAUAAAUCGGAUAAAAAAGAAGAAAUGAAAGCUGAUUCAAGCCAAAAUUCUUCACAACAUACCAAUACACAGGGGCCAGGCCUCCAACCCACAGAUAAAACAGACAGAGAGGAUCAAAAACUUGAUUUUUCAGGUCUGGAGGGAGCAACAGGUUUCUCUCCAGCUAAGGAGGAGACGAUUCCAGCAUGGGAAGACCCCCACGAAGAGGAACACAAUGAUGAGAUGCAUGAAGUAAGAAAGCGCAGACUACAAAAGUUUACACAGGAGAAUCCAUCCGGUGUGAAAACAGAACACAAAUCACAAGACUGAGCCAGUUUAUCACAGACUUACAGCAACAGUGUGUUUGAGGUUCCUAGUCAACAGAGUGCUGCAUUCCUUAGGAUGGGUGUUGGGGUGUGUAUGUGAAUAACUGUCUGAGAGAGUGUAACCUGGUGUAUCUGACAGUAAGUUAGCUACUUAAGGAAUCGGCGAGAAUGUAAGCUACGUAUCAAAGAGUGUGCAAUAGUUGGAAUUCUUGACAGUACUUCAUGGGGACAUAGAGUGUUGACACUGGAAUUACAUGUAUAAGAUGUAGACUCCGACCGACAGUUCAUACCUAGCAGGUCAUUUUAAUCUACCACAUUUUCAGCAGUUGACCUUUGCACGACCAUGGAAUGCCACGUCCCAUGCAUGCAAGAUUUCUCCCUGGUUAUACAGACUUUUUUCAUUACUCAGUGUUUAAUUGAAAUGGCAGUUGGAUUGUUGCUCAAAUUACAGCUUUAUCAGAUGUGUUUGUUAGAACAAAUUAGGGUUGACAGGUUACGUUGGCAAGGUGUUGGGGUAUGUUUAAGCCAAGGUAGAAGUGAUGUGUAUGUCAUGUUGUCAAAGAUAAUUUUGAUUAAUUAUUCGUCAGUUAUUGCUGACUUGUCAGAUUACUUAAUGACUUGUGUGUAGUUGUUUCACUUUGAUAGGCAAUAAUAAAUUAACACUACAGAUGACUAUAAAUCAUCAAAUUUUACACAGCUUCAUUUUAAACUAACAACAGAUCAGUAAUCACCAGAUGUCAGAUUGGAUGAAAUAUCUUUUAGAUUUUACGGAACAUGUCCAUCUUGAAUCCACAUAUUUGAUACCAAUUGGAAUAUACAUUAUGCACCUUUAGUUCAGUGUACACUCUAAAAAUAGAAGCCUUUUAAGCCAAGUUUUAAUACUAAAGCUUAAACUUCACAGCAUUGUAAAUUUUCGAAUGUACAUUGUACUGGAAAGGAUUGUCCUUUUUCUCUGGUUUACCAGAUAGUUGAUUUUUAGAGGAAUUUUCCACCAAUGUGAUAUCAACAUGUGGUUACAUGCAAUGGUCCAAGUAACCUUGGUUGUGUGGGGUUUAAUACUUUUUAUCAACCAUCUUGUCCUGUCAAUUUUUUAUUAACUUCCAAAUCUCUAUCCAGUAAUUUGCACAUGAGCCUUCUCAUUGCUUAUUUGACUACUCAACCAUUCACUUGGAUUAUUGUUUGUAAGAAUAACAUUGGCAAUGUCUGCUCAAAGUUUGUAUGGUUGCUGUAGAGUGUGAUGGAGUUACAGAACCUGUAAUGACUCCUGGAGCCAGCUAAAAUGAGGUGAUGUGAAAUCCUCUUUAGUUCUUCUAUUAGAAUGGUAGCAAUGAGAAGGGUGGCCAUGAGGAGAGCGGCAAUGAGAAGGGUGGCCAUGAGAAGGGUGGAAUUAACAGUAGACAUUUAUAUAAGUCCUUUACACAUGAAUGAAAUUCAAUUUAUUUUAAUUCCAUUAUAUUUAUUUAUAUGUGAUAUUUCUGUUUAUUUUAUUAAUGUUUUUUUUAUCAAAAUCCUAAGUUUAACUAGAUACUCCACACACUACAGACAUACAGUAGGGUAACAGUUGAUUGUUAUCAACCAUAUUUGUAUAAAGUUUUUAAUGUGUUAUUUUCCUAAAACAAAACGAAAAAGCAAAAUUAAAUAUUUUACCAGAGGAAAUUAAGUUAUUGUGAAAAGAAACCUGAUUAGUUUGUUUUUUGUACAGGACUGGACACAUGAUUUAAAUGUGGCUUGUAUAAGUCUGGGAGUCGUUAGAUAACUAUAUAUAUAUAAACAAUAUAUGUUUGACUGGUGCAAAUCUAGGUGUCAUUAUUUAACAAUACAUACAUGAGAUAAAUGUGGCUUGUGCAAGUCUACGGUGGUAAUGAAAUAACUAUUUUGAUGCAACUGGUGCAAAAAAGUCUGACUAUAUACAUACAUGUGAUGUAUGUGACUGGUGCAAGGGUGUCAUACUAUAAAUAUAUAUGUACACAUGUGUGGCUUGUGCAAAUCUAGUGGUUAUAUAUUUGAUGUAUGUGGCCUGUGAAAUUCCAGGGGUAAUAAUAUUUAUAGGUUAUUUCAUGACUUUUGAUAUACCCUUUAUGUUCCUGUCGUGUGUCCAAGGGAUGAACUUGAAGGCCUGGGGCCUGUUCAUUUAUGCGGAACAACGGUUCGUCUGUUUUCAAACACAUCAUUUUCAGGUAUAAAUUCUGGUCAACCUGCAAAAGUUUGUCAAGGCUCACCUGAAAACAGCAUUGGAUUACUAUACUUCUACUUGUUAUAAACAAACAACUCUGGUCCAUUCGGUUCAACCAUUUGGAUUGUGAUAAAUGAAAACGGCCCUGAUGAGUAAUAUAUGACAAAGGGAUGAUCUUGUAAUAUAAUCUAUUACAUAUUUUGCCAGAACUAAGUUCCAACUAUGAUGAUGCAAUAAUGGUAUCAUAUCACCUGGCUUCUUAAAGUGAGCCAUUGGUACAUCUCAAGUGUUCCUGUUAACAGUACUAUACAGAUAAUUUGUUAUCAGCCCUAUAACCAUUUAUGGCCUGGAGGGAAAAAUCAGCCUGGCGCUGAGAUUAUGUACAAAGCCUCAGAUUUUCCGUGGGAAUUUGGAGUUGAAAAAUUCCUUUAAUGUUAAGGAAGGUUUUAGAAACUGGAACAAGAGACAAAAGUGUGAUUGUGUAAACCAUAGAUUUUGCAAGCUCCACAGAUCCUAUAAAAUUUCCGGAAUAUAUUGACAAUCCUUUAGCAUUGAAAUUGGAAAGGGUUUAUUUUUGAAAAUGUUUGCCUUUGAAAUUUUUAUUCUGUGGCCAAAAUAUUUUGACUAAUGAAUAAUAUGGACUGGUCGGCAUUUGUAUGUUGUAUGUAUUUAUUUUUUUAUAAGUGAUGCCAGUAUGAUUUUGUAAGCCAGUGGAAAUCCAGUUCAUUUGAUGAUGACAAGAAAAUAAAGACGAGAUGUGCCAGUGUGUUUGAAAAUCUGGUGGAUAAAGUUUGGACUAGAAUUUCAUGUGCACACCUACUCUCACACUAGAAUAAUCCCAAUAUUAAUUUAAACAAUAUCAAAAGAGAAAAUCAGGACAGAAAAUAUAAUGUUUUACAAGAUUUCUGUAAGGACACACAGAAAAAAGUCCGGAAAUAAAGUACUAAGUUGAUAGAA